UGGGUGGAAGAAAGCUUGGGAGGGGGAUAGAAGAGAGGAGGAUAGAAGAGAGUUUGAGAUGAGGUGCAGGGAAAAAGUGAGCUUGAAGUGGGGUAGAAAAGGAAGAGAGCUUGUGUAGCAGGGAGAAGAGAUCUUAGUGUGGGCAGCAUGGGAGAGGGAGAAGACAACUUGAGGAAGAGACAGGUGGAGGGAGUUUGAAGAGAACUGUUUCCUUCCAGCUGCCGGGGUGUCCGGAAGGCAGAAGCAUCUAUUAUAACACUUUCUCUAGUCUCCUGAAUGGAAACUAUGUCCUGAAACUAUUUCCCUAAUUUUCUGUAUGCAGGUAGCUAAUACGAGCUUAUUUAUUUUAAGAAAAAUAUUGACCUAAUCUAUACAUUUUAACAAACAAGAAACAAUUUGACCAAAGUUUACAAUGAAGCCAACACAGACUCCAAGGCUCCUGAGGUCCCAAAAUAAUUCUGUGUAUAAUAUGAGUCAUUCCAAAGGGAUACCCGAGUUACCACCUCUGCCAGCUGCAACCACAACAGAACCCUCAGAACUGUAUCAGCUUGUCCUUAAGAACAGCUAUUAUCCUCCUUUGAUGCAAAGAGUGUCAUGGACUUUGGCAGUUCCAUUUAAAGAACAGCGUUAUUACCGAAGCCCGAGUGAUUCCAUAGCUAAUAACUACACACUUACUGCACGUGAUCUAAAACUGAAAGAUCUGCAUAAAAUGGUGUCCCCUGCCAUGGCGAGAGCAACAUUGGGUUCAGCGAAGCAGAGAGCAGUCUCACCGCCUCCAAAAGAAUAUGCCCCUUCUGAGAAGAGGCUCAGACUUACACAAAGAAGUAAAUGUGACUCUGAUAGAACCACACCAACCCAACUGUACAGUACAGAUUCAAAUUCAUUAUAUUCAGAUAGACAUAGUCCAGAAUUAGGCAUCAUAUAUUAUUCAGACACCCAACCAUUGACUCCAGAAGAACAGUUUGUUGUCAUGCUCCAACACGAGGAGGAGAUACAUAAGCAAGAAGAGUCACCUUCGGAAAGUGAUAUAGAGAGAUAUUGUUAUUACAUACAUAAUGGAAUACGGAAAGACAUGCUGGCGCCCCAGGAUAAAGAAGUGAAAGACAUGAUUUUAAAGCAAAUUCCAAAUCAUUUUCUUACCAACCCAAAUCUGGAGACAUUGCUUCAUAGUUUAACAGAAGAGAUUCAGGAUGACUACCACAUCAGCCUCAUGAAAAACAUUGUUGAUUACAUCUUGAUGGAUCCAGCUGAGAGAGAGAGACUCUUUAUUGGAAAUAUCCCACGCUCUUUUCCUCAGAGAGUGAUUCGUGCACCAGUCCCAUGGCAUAAUGUUUACCAAGAAAUAAAAAGCUGGAAUGAAAACCAUCUGUUCACAGUGAAUCCAAUGAUGCUUAUGUUACAACACCUCUGGUUUACUGAGUUUAGUGACCUAAGAUUUGUUCGUACAAAAGAAAUGCUGUCAGGUGACCUGCCACUGCUGCCCAGUGAAUUUGAAGAUUUAGUUCGAAGACAUUGUAUGGAAGCACAUGACAUUCUUCAGAACAAGUGGAUCCCAACUUGUGCAUCCCUCUUUAUUGAUCAGAAGGAGAGGUGGCUUCAUUUGGCACCCCAGACUGACUAUGAUUCCCCUAAGCAAAUUGAAGAGUAUUUUGCUUCUGUUGCAAAUCUCAUGUCAUUACAGCUACGCGAGAUGGUUAUUAACUCUUUGGAAGACCUCCUGGCAUUUUUUAUGAUACACAAGGAUGGGAAUGACUUUGGAGAACCAUAUCAAGAAAUGCAGUUCUUUGUCCCUCAAAUACUAAUAAUCAAACUCAAUGUGGAGGAACCCAAAAUUGUGUUUCAGCCACUUUGGAAAGAUUGUUGGAAUUUAAUCUACCACUGCUUCAUGGAGAUCCUUCAGAGUUCGGAGGGACUUCCGAAGGUAGAAAUGCAACUCUUUCCAGAAUUAAAAAAAGAUGACCCCACUCUUCGUACAGUGAAAGUGGAUGAAUCUUUGGUUUCAGAAUAUGUGAACAAAACUGCCAGGAUAUUUGACAGCAACAUGGUUGGUCCACAGAAGUACUUAAAUGUGUACAAGAAAUACAGUGAUCUUUUGAACAACAGUGCGGAACAAGACAUUACUGAUUUUUUGAAGGAAAGCCAUUCUCUAGAUGAUUUCACUAAGAAGAUUGACAGUUUAACAAAACUGAAAAAAGAAAUAGCCUUCAUGCAUGUCACUGUCCCUCUCGCCAUGUUCUGCCUGGAUGCUUUAAAGCUGAAUGAGGAGCUUUGCAAUCGGGCCCAAACACUUAAAAAUAAGCUGAUUGAGUUUGAAGUGGAUGAAAACAGGGAGUUAAAUAAGAGCAUUUGCAAUCAAUACAACAUAAUUGCAGACAAAGUCAGUGAGGUGCCUUUGAACACUGAAGAGCUGGUAGAGCUUACGGCAUACUUAAAAAAAGCCAGUGAAGUUACUGUUUUUAAACUGAGACGUGAGAUCUCUGAAGCAGCCUACAGACUGGAAUUCUUGAUGGACUAUGCUGAUCUGCCUUCUGAGGACAUAAAACUGAAUAGUACUGUUUUUCACUGGCCGGAACAGAUUGAGAUAAUCUUUGAAAAUAGCAGAGCCCAGUUGUUUAGCAGGAGAGAUCAUGCAGAGGUUUCUCUGGUUAAAAGGUGCGCCCAGUUUGACGCAUUACUUGAAAGUUAUUUCAAAGAAGUAGAAAGUUACAAGAAACGGGAUGUCAUGACCAUGGACGAAAUGAAGAAUAAUGUUGAGAAAUUUAAUGAGUUGGUUAAGAAUCUGGAUAAUGCACUAGUGGAAUUCGAGGCUAUUAAUAAAGAAGAGGAGUUACUUGAGCGGGAGAAGAGCCAGUUUCCUCUACUGCAAACUAUAAUUGUAAAUAAACAACCCUUUGAGCAACUUUGGGUAACAGCUUACAAUUUCCAUACUAAGUCUGAGGAAUGGAUGAAUGGAUCUCUCCAGGACUUGAAUUCUGAAGAAAUUACUGAGGAAAUUGGAAAUAUGUGGAGGACAAUGUAUAAAUUAACUAAGACUUUUGCAGACCUGCCUGGACCUAGACGCUUAGCAGAAAAUGUGAAAUUUAAACUUGACAAGUUUAAGCAGCAUAUUCCCAUCCUGUCUAUUGCCUGCAAUCGUGGAAUGAAGGACAGACAUUGGGAGCAGAUCAGUGAAAUAGUAGGGUAUGAAAUAAGACCUGAUGAAACUACUUGCCUUCUAAACAUGUUGGAAUAUGGAUUAUCAAAGUACAUUGAAAAACUAGAGCCUAUUGGAGCAGCAGCCAGUAAAGAAUAUUCCCUAGAGAAAUCCAUGGACAAAAUGAAAUCGGAAUGGGCCAAUAUAAGCUUCAAUUUUGUGAAGUACAGGGACACUAAUACCAGUAUCUUGUCAGCAAUUGAUGAUAUCCAGCUUUUGCUUGAUGAUCACAUUGUUAAAACACAGACAAUGUGUGGCUCUCCGUUCAUCAAACCGAUAGAAACUGAAUGCCGGGCAUGGGAAGAGAAGCUUGUUUCAAUGCAAGAUAUUUUAGAUAGCUGGUUAAAAUGUCAGGCAACAUGGCUUUACCUGGAACCAAUUUUUAGUUCAGAAGACAUUAUAGCUCAAAUGCCAGAAGAGGGCAGAAAGUUUGGAAUAGUAGACGCUUACUGGAAAGACAUCAUGGCACAAACAGUGAAAGACACCAGGGUACUCGUAGCAACUGAGCAACCCAGGAUGCUGGAGAGGCUUCAGGAAGCAAAUGUUCUCUUAGAUGAUAUCCAGAAGGGGCUGAAUACUUAUUUGGAGAAGAAAAGAUUAUUUUUCUCACGGUUCUUUUUCCUGUCUAAUGAUGAGCUGCUUGAGAUUUUGUCAGAAACCAAAGAUCCCCUUCGAGUACAGCCACAUUUAAAGAAGUGUUUUGAGGGAAUCUCUAAAUUAGAGUUUACAGAAGAUCUGGAGAUCACAGGAAUGAUCAGUUCAGAGAAAGAAACUGUUCCUUUCAUACAGAAAAUCUAUCCAGUGAAAGCAAAAGGCAUGGUAGAGAAAUGGCUUUUGCAAGUAGAGGAAAUGAUGUUGGCCAGCAUAAGACAAGUUAUUCAAGAUGGCAUUGGAGGAUAUGUUCAAGUUCCCCGAAAUAAGUGGGUACUUCAGUGGCCUGGACAGGUGGUUAUUUGUGUUUCAUCCAUCUACUGGACAAAGGAAGUGUCUGAAGCUAUGCAAUCAGGAACUUUACUUAAAUUCUUGGAGAAGAGCAACCUACAAAUUGGAGAAAUUGUUCAGUUAGUGAGAGGAAAGUUGUCCAGCGGUGCCCGUCUGACUCUUGGGGCUCUCACUGUCAUUGAUGUGCACGCUCGUGAUGUGGUUGCAAAAUUGGUUGAGGACAAAAUCACAGAUCAGAAUGAUUUCCAGUGGAUUUCUCAGUUGAGAUAUUACUGGGAAAAAGGAGAUGUAAUGGUGCGAAUGAUUACGACAGAAGCCAAAUAUGGCUAUGAGUACCUUGGCAAUUCUCUACGUCUGGUUAUAACUCCACUGACUGAUCGAUGCUAUAGAACAUUAAUGGGGGCUCUGAAACUAAAUCUUGGUGGUGCUCCAGAAGGACCUGCGGGGACUGGCAAAACCGAAACAACAAAAGAUCUAGCAAAAGCACUGGCUAAGCAGUGUGUUGUCUUUAAUUGCUCCGAUGGUCUUGAUUACAAAGCCAUGGGUAAAUUCUUUAAGGGACUGGCACAAUCUGGAGCUUGGGCCUGCUUUGAUGAGUUCAACAGAAUUGAGGUUGAAGUGUUGUCUGUAGUUGCACAACAGAUACUCAGUAUACAGCAGGCUAUUGUGCGAAAUCUGAAAACGUUCCUCUUUGAAGGCACAGAGAUCUCUCUUAAUCCAACCUGCGCUGUCUUCAUCACUAUGAAUCCUGGGUAUGCUGGACGGGCAGAACUUCCUGAUAAUCUAAAGGCAUUAUUCCGAACAGUUGCCAUGAUGGUUCCAGAUUAUGCUUUGAUUGGUGAAAUUUCACUUUAUUCAAUGGGAUUUCUUGAUUCUAGAAGUCUUGCCCAGAAAAUUGUUGCCACAUACCGUCUUUGCUCUGAGCAGUUAUCAUCUCAGCAUCACUAUGACUAUGGAAUGCGUGCUGUUAAAUCUGUCCUGACAGCAGCAGGAAACUUAAAACUAAAGUACCCAGAAGAAGAUGAAAGUGUAUUGUUACUUCGAGCUUUGCUGGAUGUUAACUUAGCCAAAUUCUUGGCACAAGAUGUUCCUCUCUUUCAGGGUAUCAUAUCUGACCUGUUUCCUGGAGUGGUUCUUCCUAAACCAGACUAUGAGCUGUUUGUGCAGGCACUGAGUGACAAUAUUACAAAAAUGAAUCUUCAACCAGUUCCUUGGUUUAUUGGAAAAAUUAUUCAGAUUUAUGAAAUGAUGCUGGUGCGCCAUGGAUACAUGAUUGUUGGAGAUGCUUUGGGUGGAAAGACCUGUGCUUACAAAGUGCUAGCCGCAGCCCUUGGUGAUUUGUACACAGCAAAUUCCAUGGAUGAGUUUGCUGUUGAGUACAGAAUUAUUAAUCCCAAAGCUAUUACAAUGGGACAGCUGUAUGGGUGUUUUGACCCUGUGAGCCAUGAGUGGACAGAUGGAGUCCUUGCAAACACCUUCAGACAACAAGCAUCUUUAACCACAGAUGACAGGAAGUGGAUUAUAUUUGAUGGACCAGUGGAUGCAGUUUGGAUAGAGAACAUGAACACUGUGCUAGAUGAUAAUAAGAAGCUGUGUUUAAUGAGCGGGGAAAUAAUUCAGAUGAGUUCCAAAAUGAGUUUAAUCUUCGAGCCAGCUGACUUGGAGGAGGCAUCUCCAGCAACUGUCAGCAGGUGUGGUAUGAUCUAUAUGGAUCCUAAUCAGUUAGGUUGGAAGCCUCUGAAGGAUUCCUACAUGGACACGCUGCCCCCAAAUCUGCAACAGGAGCACAGAGAACUGAUUGAUGACAUGUUUAUGUGGCUAGUCCAGCCUUGCUUGGAAUUUAUUCGCCUUCAUUGCAAAAUCAUAGUACAGACAUCCGCUAUCCAUCUAACCUAUAGCAUGAUGAAACUCUAUACCUGUCUGCUCGAUGAAAUAAGGAAAUCGGGUGAAGAAGAAGGUGAAACCAUGUCUAGUCAGCAGAUCAUCUUAUGGCUACAGGGGCUUUUCCUUUUCGCAUUGGUUUGGACAAUUGGUGGGACCAUCAAUGCAGACAGCAGAAAGAAAUUUGAUCUGUUUUUCCGCAACUUGCUCAUGGGAAUGGAUGAUGAGAACCCGCGCCCCAAAAGCCUGAAGCUCACCAAAAACAACAUCUUUCCGGAAAAAGGGAGUGUGUAUGACUUCUAUUUUCACAAGCAAGCCAGUGGACAAUGGAACAUAUGGACUGAUUACAUCACUAGGGAGGAGCAAAAUAUCCCUGCUGGUGCAAAGGUGUCCGAGCUUAUAAUUCCAACAAUGGAAACAGCCAGGCAAUCUUUUUUUCUAAAAACAUAUGUGGAACAUAACAUCCCCUUGCUGUUUGUGGGCCCCACUGGCACAGGAAAGUCCGCUAUUACCAACAGCUUUCUGCUGCAACUUCCAAAGCUUAAAUACGUCCCUAACUGCAUCAACUUCUCUGCAAGAACUUCAGCUAACCAAACCCAGGAUAUUAUUAUGUCAAAGCUGGACAGAAGAAGAAAGGGACUAUUUGGACCUCCCGUGGGGAAAAAAGCUAUAAUAUUUGUAGAUGACCUAAACAUGCCUGCAAAGGAGGUGUACGGUGCCCAGCCACCUAUUGAGCUUCUUAGACAGUGGAUUGAUCAUGGUCACUGGUAUGACAAGAAGGAUACAUCCAGGCUUGAUAUCAUAGAUGUCUUACUUGUUUCAGCAAUGGGCCCUCCUGGUGGAGGAAGGAAUGAUAUUACAGGGCGUUUCACACGACACUUGAAUAUUAUUUCCAUCAAUGCUUUUGAUGAUGACGUUUUAACCAAGAUUUUCUCUUCAAUUGUUGACUGGCAUUUCAGCAAAGGAUUUGAAGCUGUAUUUACAAGGCUUGGCAAGAUGAUAAUCCAAGCGACAAUGGCUAUUUAUAAAAUGGCUGUCGAGAAUUUUCUUCCAACUCCUUCAAAAUCCCAUUACGUCUUUAAUCUGCGUGAUUUCUCCCGUGUUGUUAGAGGAGUGCUGUUGUGUCCACACACCCAUUUACAAGAUGGGGAUAAGCUGAUCAGACUUUGGAUCCAUGAAGUUUAUCGAGUUUUCUAUGACCGCUUAAUUGACAAUGAUGACAGGGAGAUGUUCUUUAAGAUGGUAAAAGAAACAACAUCAAACAACUUCAAGCAGAGUGUUGAUAAGGUACUGAGUCAUCUGUCACCUACUGGCAAGAUCACCGAUAAUAAUAUCCGCAGCCUCUUCUUUGGAGACUACUUUAAACCAGAAAGUGAUGUAAAAGCCUAUGAUGAAAUCACAGACUUAAAGCAACUGACAACCGUGAUGGAAUAUUACCUUGAUGAGUACAACAAUAUCAGCAAGGCUCCAAUGUCCUUGGUCAUGUUUAAGUUUGCCAUCGAGCAUAUCUCAAGGAUAUGCAGAGUACUGAAACAGGACAAUGGUCAUUUGCUUUUGGUGGGAAUUGGUGGGAGUGGGCGACAAAGUGCUACCAAGCUGGCCACCUUCAUGAAUGCUUUUGAGCUUUUUCAGAUUGAAAUCACGAAGUCCUAUGGCAACAACGAAUGGAAGGAGGAUGUGAAACGAAUCAUGCUGCAGACUGGCGUCAGUAACAAAGAUGUGUCUUUUUUGUUCUGUGACAAUCAAAUAAAGGACGAGUCAUUUGUGGAGGAUAUUAACAUGCUUUUAAAUACAGGUGAUGUGCCUAAUAUCUUCGCAGCAGAUGAGAAGGCUGACAUUGUUGAGAAAAUGCAGGCUGCAGCAAGGACGGAAGGCAGGAAAAUCGAGGCUACUCCACUUGCUAUGUACAACUUCUUUAUUGAAAGAGUGAAGAAAAAUUUACAUAUUGUCUUAGCAAUGAGUCCAAUUGGAGAUGCAUUCCGGAAUCGACUACGAAUGUUCCCUUCGCUGAUAAACUGCUGCACCAUUGACUGGUUCCAGACCUGGCCCACUGAUGCUUUGGAAAUGGUUGCAAACAAGUUUUUGGAGGAUGUCGAACUCGAAGAUGAAAUUAGAAAAGCGGUUGUGUCAAUGUGCAAAUAUUUUCAAGAAAGUGUGAGAGAGCUCUCUGUCAGCUAUUACAGCACACUGCGAAGACACAACUAUGUAACACCAACAUCUUAUCUGGAACUGAUUCUCACCUUUAAGGCUCUACUAAAUAGCAAGAGGCAAGAAGUUGACAUGAUGAGAAAUCGUUAUCUUGUGGGUCUUCAAAAACUUGAAUUUGCAUCUUCACAAGUUGCAGAAAUGCAGAAGGAGCUGACUGCCCUUCAGCCUGAACUAAUUCAAACCUCUGCAGAAACAGAGAAAAUGAUGAUCCAGAUAGAAAAAGAAACGAUUGAAGUAGAUGCAAAGAAGGAGCUAGUAUCUGCAGAUGAAAAGGAGGCUAAUGAUGCUGCAGCUGUUUCCAAAGCUAUUAAGGAAGAGUGUGAAGGGGACCUUGCAGAGGCCAUGCCAGCUCUAGAGGCUGCACUCUCAGCUCUUGAUACCUUGAACCCCUCAGACAUCUCGCUUGUCAAAGCCAUGCAGAAUCCACCAGGCCCUGUCAAGCUUGUUAUGGAGAGUAUCUGUGUAAUGAAAGGAAUGAAACCAGAGAGAAAGCCUGAUCCAAGUGGCAGCGGUAAAAUGAUAGAAGACUAUUGGGGAAUCUCUAGAAAGCUUCUAGGAGAUCUGAAAUUCCUUGAAAGCUUAAAGACAUACGACAAGGAUAAUAUUCCUCCUGCUGUAAUGAAGAGGAUCAGAGAGAGGUUUAUUGAGCAUCCAGAUUUUCAGCCGGCUGUCAUAAAAAAUGUGUCAUCAGCCUGUGAAGGCUUAUGCAAAUGGGUGAGAGCCAUGGAGGUGUAUGACCGUGUAGCUAAAGUGGUUGCUCCAAAACGUGAGCGUCUUAAGGAGGCGGAAGGUUUACUUGAAAUUCAAAUGAAAAAGCUAAAUACAAAGCGUGCAGAACUUAAGGAUGUAAUGGACCGUCUCCAAGCUUUGAACGAUGAAUUUGAAAGCAUGAAUAACCGGAAGAAAGAAUUAGAAAACAACAUUGAAAUCUGUUCACAAAAGCUGGUAAGAGCUGAAAAGCUGAUUAGUGGACUUGGAGGAGAGAAAGAUAGGUGGACAGAAGCUGCACGAUUGUUGGGAAUCCGAUACACAGAUCUUACUGGUGAUGUUUUGUUAUCUUCAGGAACAGUGGCUUAUUUGGGAGCCUUUACUGUAGACUAUCGCCUUGAAUGCCAAAAGCAAUGGCAGGCCCUAUGCAAGGAGAAGCAUGUACCAUGUUCCAAUGAUUUUAGCCUCAGUAAUACUUUAGGGGAUCCUGUCAAAAUCCGUGCCUGGCAGAUUGCUGGAUUGCCAAUUGAUUCAUUUUCAAUUGAUAAUGGUAUAAUUGUUUCUAACUCAAGAAGAUGGGCUUUAAUGAUUGAUCCUCAAAGGCAAGCCAACAAGUGGAUAAAAAAUAUGGAGAAAGCUAAUAAGCUUUCGGUUAUCAAACUGUCUGAUACGAACUAUGUGAGGAUACUGGAAAAUGCUAUCCAGUUUGGAACACCAGUCUUGCUUGAAAAUAUUGAUGAAGAACUAGAUGCUUUCAUAGAGCCUAUAUUGCUAAAGCUAACAUUCAAGCAACAAGGUGUGGAAUACAUGAGGUUAGGUGAAAAUAUAAUUGAAUACUCAAGAGACUUCAAGUUUUACAUGACAACUCGCUUAAGGAAUCCUCAUUAUUUUCCUGAAGUGGCUGUGAAAGUUUGUCUACUCAACUUCAUGAUUACACCACUAGGUCUUCAGGACCAACUUCUUGGAAUUGUAGCUGCAAAGGAAAAGCCUGAGCUGGAAGAAAAGAAAAAUAAACUGAUCAUAGAAAGUGCGGCCAACAAGAAACAGCUGAAGGAGAUAGAAGAUAAAAUCCUUGAGGUUCUUUCCAAGUCAGAAGGAAACAUCUUAGAAGAUGAAACAGCAAUUAAGGUUUUGUCUUCAUCCAAAGAGCUAUCUGAAGAAAUCUCUGAAAAGCAGGAAAUUGCAUCUGUAACUGAAAUGCAGAUAGAUGCUACUCGAAUGGGUUACAAGCCAGUAGCUGUUCAUUCAGCAACUCUCUUCUUCUGCAUUUCUGAUCUGGCAAACAUUGAACCUAUGUACCAGUAUUCAUUAAUUUGGUUCAUUAACUUGUACAUUCAAUCCAUUGCUAAUAGCAAAAAGAGUGAUGAUCUAAAGGAGAGAAUUGAGAAUAUAAUUGAACAUUUCACAGUAAGCAUCUACAAUAAUGUCUGCCGUUCACUGUUUGAGAAGGAUAAACUGCUAUUCUCCCUCCUCCUGACUAUAGGAAUAAUGAAAGGAGAAGAUAAAAUAGAUGAUGAGGUUUGGCGGUUCCUAUUGACAGGAGGUGUUGCUCUUGAUAACCCUUACCUCAACCCAGCCCCAGAGUGGUUGACUGACAAAUCAUGGGCUGAGAUUGUACGUGCAUCUAGUCUAAAAAACCUUCAUGGACUGAUGGAUCAUGUAAGGGAGAAUGUUUCAAAGUGGAAAAUGAUUUAUGACUCUGCAAAGCCCCAGGAAGAGGCAUUCCCAGAUGUAUGGAAGACAUUAGUAGGGCUAGAUCAUAUGAUCAUUCUAAGGUGUUUAAGACCUGAUAAAAUCAUUCCAGCAACGCAGGAUUUCAUCACAGAAAAUAUGGGAAGAACUUAUAUAGAACCACCCACUUUUGACCUUGCGGGAAGUUACAAUGAUUCCAAUUGCUGUGCACCUUUGAUUUUUGUAUUAUCACCAGGUGCUGAUCCUAUGGCAGGUUUGCUAAAGUUUGCUGAUGAUCUUGGCAUGGGAGGUACAAGCAUUCAGACUAUUUCACUUGGCCAGGGCCAGGGUCCAAUAGCAGCAAAAAUGAUAUGUCAGGCUAUCAUUGAUGGAACUUGGGUAGUGUUACAAAACUGCCAUCUUGCAACCAGCUGGAUGCCUGCUUUGGAGAAAAUCUGUGAAGAAACGAUAGUGCCUGAGACUACCCAUGAAAAAUUCAGAUUAUGGUUAACCAGUUAUCCGUCAGAAAAGUUUCCUGUCAGUAUUCUCCAGAAUGGCAUCAAAAUGACCAAUGAACCUCCUAAAGGGGUUAGAGCAAACCUCCUACGAUCGUACCUCAAUGACCCAGUGUCUGAUCCUGCAUUCUUUACUAGUUGCCAAAAACAAGAAAUGUGGCAAAAAUUGCUCUUUGGACUUUGCUUUUUCCAUGCCCUGGUUCAAGAAAGGAAAAAUUUUGGCCCAUUGGGUUGGAAUAUUCCAUAUGAAUUCAAUGAAUCUGAUCUUAGAAUCAGUAUGCGACAGAUCCAGAUGUUUCUGAAUGAGUAUGAAGAAAUCCCAUUUGAAGCUCUGACCUAUCUAACAGGGGAAUGUAACUAUGGUGGGAGAGUAACAGACGACAAAGACAGGCGUCUUCUUCUGUCACUUCUUUCCAUAGUCUAUAAUAAAGAUAUAGAACAGGAGAAGUAUAAACUUUCACCUGGGGAUGACUACUACAUACCACCACAUGGACCAUACCAGUCUUACAUUGACUACUUAAGAAGCUUACCAAUUACAACACAUCCUGAAGUGUUUGGGCUUCAUGAGAAUGCAGACAUCACUAAAGAUAAUCAGGAGACCAACCAGCUUUUCAGUGGAGUGCUUUUGACUCUGCCUAGACAAGUGGGUGGAGGUGGCAAGUCCCCACAGGAAACUGUUGAAGAUUUGGCACGGGACAUCCUGUCCAAAUUACCAAAUGACUUUAACCUGGAAGCGGUAAUGAAGAAAUACCCAGUGCUUUAUGAGGAGUCCAUGAAUACAGUUCUUAGGCAAGAACUUAUCAGAUUCAACAGGCUUACAGAAGUUGUUCGGAGCAGUCUUGUCAAUUUAGGCAAAGCUAUCAAAGGUCAAGUGUUGAUGUCGUCUGAACUUGAGGAUGUUUUCAACAGUAUGCUCGGAGGCAAAGUACCACCAAUGUGGGCAGCCAAAUCCUAUCCAUCGCUGAAACCCCUGGGCAGCUAUGUGUCUGAUCUUCUUACACGUUUGGCCUUCUUCCAGGAGUGGAUCAACGAAGGGCCACCCAACGUAUUUUGGAUAUCGGGAUUCUACUUUACUCAGUCCUUCUUAACAGGUGUUUCACAGAACUAUGCUAGAAAAUACACCAUCCCAAUUGAUCAUAUUGGAUUUGAAUUUGAGGUGACAAGACAGGAACACAGCAUGGAGGAAAUGCCAGAAGAUGGGGCAUAUGUGAAAGGACUCUUUUUAGAAGGUGCCCGUUGGGACAGAGAAACCAUGCAGAUUGGGGAAUCACUUCCAAAAAUCCUUUAUGAUUCUAUGCCUGUAAUUUGGCUGAAACCUGGAAAAAGUUCAACAUUUCUGCAUGAGAACAUUUACUCGUGCCCUGUUUACAAGACAAGUGCAAGAAGAGGUAUCUUGUCCACUACAGGCCAUUCAACUAACUAUGUUCUCCCAAUAGAGCUCCCUUCAGACCAGCCACAGAAACACUGGAUAAAUCGUGGUGUGGCAGCACUAUGCCAGUUAGAUGAUUAACUUUAUGUACGUCAAGAUACCUGCAUUUUAUAAUUAAAAGACAUACUUCAUGCUCCUGGAGCUGCACUUCUUUUUUACCGCAGCGUUUAUUGCUGAUUUUUAAACAUUUCUGCUUCCUAUUUCUUUCGCUUUUCAGCCAUUUUGCAUUAGUAGGGGGAAGACUGAUUAAAACAAAACCCUGUUACAAA